UUUAUGGCUCCAAUGUAGCUCCAUACUCCCGCCGGCUGAUUGUUUUCAGCGGAGCUUCCGCAUCCCUUUAAGACUCCUCCUCUGGGUGGAGUUAGUGACUUCUUUUGAACUUCGGCUCUUCCUUUCGGUUGUAUUUAACGGGCUGUCAGUUGUAGUCAUGUAGUAUUUCAGGGACCCUAACUCCUGUAACAUGAGGUCUCAAGUGGACUGUCUCCUGACCACCGCCGGACUGCCGCUGUUCCUGGUCGACAUCUGCCUGGACGUCCUGUCUGCUGUGGAGUUUUACAGGGAGGGAUCGUACCUGAGCCUCGGUGUGCUGCUGGUGCUGCUCAUUGGCUCCUCGGUGCUGGUGCAGCUCUACAGCUGGCUCUGGUACAGUUAUGAUCAUUUUGAGAUGAAGACCAGAGUGGAGGAGUCCGCGAAGCCUGGACUGGCGGUUCUGCACUGGGUCCAGCUGGGGAUCUACGUCAGACAUGCAGCCGUCAUGGAGACGUCUGUGAAGAGCUGCUGCUCCGACUGCGACAGCCAGGAGGAAGACAAGGUGGAGUUCCUGAACCAGGACCUGAGCAUGCUGCGGAUCAUCGAGACUUUCUCGGAAAGCGCGCCUCAGAUCGUCCUCAUGCUCGCCGUCCUCCUGCAGGACGGGUCGCUGGAGCCGUUCCAAGUGUUGAAGACCGUGGGCUCGCUGUCGGCCGUGGCGUACUGCGUCACCACCUACCACCGCUGCUUACGCUCCUUCCUGCCGGGGAAGGAGAAGCAGUCCGUUCUGUCCUCGCUCGUCUUCUUCACCUGGAACCUGCUGCUCCUGGCCGCCCGCAUCGUGGCGCUCGCCCUCUUCGCCUCCGUGUUUCCCUGCUUCAUCUUCACACACUUCGUCUGCUCCUGGCUGCUCUUCUGCUACUUCGCCUGGUGGGCCGACACAGACUUCAUGGACAGCGUGGGCGGGGAGUGGCUGUACCGGGCCACCGUGGGUCUCAUCUGGUACUUCGACUGGUUCAACGUGGUGGACGGGAAGACUAGGAACCGGGCCAUCUUGUACCAUGCCUGGAUCCUGCUGGACAUCUUUGUCCUCUGUGGACUGUGGUUCUGGAAGAUGAGCUGGGAUCCUCCUGGCUUUGAGCUGUCCCGUCUGCAGGCGGCCAUCGUUUGGGGCGCCGUGGUCGCCGGCUACGCCUCGGGUUUGGUUCUGAGGAUCGUUUACUACACCUGCUUCCAUCCAAAGUUGAACAAAGUCGAGCUGAUGGGAGGGAACGCGAAGACGCAGAGCGAUGAAGUGGACUCUCCUCCUGAUGAUGAUGAUGAUGGCGGACGUGUCAUGUUUCGUUCGGCGUCCAGAACCCCCACCGGGCUGAGCCGCCCGCCGCUCCGCAACAAGAGGAUGAAGAAACUGGCUGAGAACUUUUACUCUUCAUCCGCUGAUGGUGCUGAGGUCUGAAACCUGCAGCAUCAAGUUGAACUGGACUUUGACUAGGCCGUUUCUCCUCCAGGAUCAGCCUCAGAGACCGUCCUGAACCCGUCCUGCUCCUCAGAACCAGAACCAGAACCCGACCUGCUCCUUUAAAUCCCAGGAGAAGAAAGUCCACCAGGUCCACCAGGUUCUGGUUCUGCUCAGGGUUCUGGUGCUAAGUUAGGUUCUCUCACGGUCGUUCCUGCAGCGUUCCAGGCUCACUGCGUUCAGCCGGACCGGUUCUGACUCGUCUCUCGGUGUCGGGAGGCGGGUCGGAACCACGACCCAGCCGGGCUUAGAAAUCUAAAAAAUGGAAUAAUUUAUUAGUCUUGUUUUCUGUUGUGGAUACAUUUAUAAAGAUAAAAUGUUUUAUGUCAUUUUGCUGUCAGUUUUAUUCUAGUUUGCAGAUGAACAGAAAAAAGAUCAGUUUAUGAAACUAAACGUGUCUAAAGAUGGACGUCCGUCAGAUGAGCCUGAUCAUCUCUGAUGAUGGAGGCAGAACCAGAGAUUCACCGACGGACUUGCGAUGGUUUUUAUUUAUGGAUUAUUUCCAUUUAUGGGUUUAGUUUCUUUGUGUUCAGCAGGCAGGAGCUCCGUGUCUCUGGUUGACGUUAGCGUUAGCAGUUAGCAUCCCCAGAAACCUGCACAGGUUUCUCUGACUGCAGAACAUUCAGAUUCAGGGCAAAACCAGGUCAAAGUUCACCACACGGUGGAAGCAGAGAAUAAACUGAUUCCCAUCAUUUCAGGCGGAUUUUAUCCCGUCAGGCCAGCAGGAACAGGAAACAUGUUCUCUGGUUUAGAACCUCCGACCCGGUUUCCAGUGAAAUGGACCGAUGAACAUAAGAACCAGAAGUUCCUCUUCCAGCAUCACUGCUGCCAGCGUUUCAUCCAUCCUGUUAGUCAGCGUGUUUACAGGACAAACCAGCUGCAGUUUGGAUUUUUCGUGGAAAAACUUCAUAUUUUUGUCGCUUAGAAACGUGCAGACUGUAAAAUAAACUAAAAAUAAAUCAGAUAAAAUGAUGGAGCUCAGAGUUCUGAUGUCGGCCCACCGGCAGUCUGCUCAGUUUCAUUUCUGUUUCUUUUUUACCUGAAAUGCUUUUUAUGUCAAAUAUUUUUAUAGAAUAAAAUCAGACUGAAAACA